UCGUUCCACUGUACUAGUGCGUUUUCGGGCGUCAGUGAACACGAUACUGUAAUUGAAAAAUGAUUCGCAUUGUAGGUGUUUUUCUACUGUGCUUGUGUUUAGUAUCUGGAGAGAUAUUUAGUUCUGAUGAAAUUGGUCGAAGACUUAAAGAGUUUCUAGAAAAUGCGGAAGUGUAUGAGCAAGCGUUUGACAAGGAGUUUGAAAUAUUUCUUGAAUCUGGAUUGCGCACCCAGGCAUUCAAUGAAACUCUGACACCGCUACAUCUCGGUAGAGAGUUUGCAUUAACUGACAAAGAAGAUAUGCCACCAGAAUUGUCAUUCAUGUCUUGUGCAGUUUGUCGAUUGACAGCCGCAACAUAUAUUAGCCAACGUCGUGGCGGUGCAUCAGCUGAAUCAUUAGGUAAUGCUGCCGUGACUUUGUGUCUCGAAUUGACUACAUUCCCGGAGCAUGUCUGUCGACCGGUCGUGUUUCAAAAUCUGGAUAUCGUGAUUUACAUCAUCGACAACGUUCCAUCGAUUAAUGCGGCCACAUUUUGCUCAUUAGUUUUUGAAGGUGAUUGUGGUGGAGCUGAUCCUUCGCUGGAUUUCACCGUAUCUGUGGCACCUGGUCCAGCAAUUACACAGUCCAAAUCGAUAUCGGUGCCUCGAAAUGCGAACGAAAUCAGAAUUCUUCAUUUGACGGACAUGCAUUUUGAUCCACGUUAUUUGGAAGGGGGCUGGGCCAUUUGUCCAGAAAUCGUUUGCUGCAGACAGGAUCGUGGAAUCGCACCGAAUCCAGUUGAUAGAGCUGGCCGUUGGGGUGACUAUCGAGAUUGUGGUACACCUUGGCUUGUGAUUGAAGAAACCAUUAGACGAAUGCGUGAAGCGCAUCCAGAUGUUUCCUACAUUUACUACACUGGUGAUAGUGUUGAUCAUGGACAUUGGCAGAGAACCGCUCAAGGAAAUCGCGAUAUAAUGUCGAGACUGUACGCCGCUUUCAGAACUCAUUUCCCGGGUGUACCCAUAUAUGUUACACUUGGAAAUCAUGAGGCUCAUCCAACGAAUCUCUUUGCACCUCCUUCAGUUACAAAUCCCACAAUGAGAUCGCAAUGGCUGUUUGACUUUUCAGCUGAUCAAUGGGCUCCGUGGCUUCCGCCAUCAGCAUUGGCAACUGUUCGAGUCGCUGGCUAUUACACUGUUCUACUUCAACCGGGAUUGCGCUUAAUUUCACUUAGUAACACCGAUUGUAGCAACAACAACUUCUGGGUGCUACACUCACGUGGCCACAUUCAGUCUCAAUUACAGUGGUUCCACAAUACACUUUUGGCAGCUGAACAAGCCGGAGAAAGAGUCCAUGUGCUUACGCACCACCAUCAAAACGCUUGUUUCCGUUUCUAUUCACGCGAGUUCCGUCGAAUUCAAGACCGUUUCCACAUGACAAUUAGUGCUACAUUCGUCGGUCACACCCACAACGCUGAGUUCCACCUGUUUUACGAUCGUCCAUCAGCAAAUCAUGCAAUUUCAGUGCAAUGGAAUGCUGGAUCCGUUGCGCCGUGGUCACGAUAUAAUCCGAACUACAAUCUGUACUACGUCGAUCGUCAAAUUUUCCAAGUCAAUGAAAUGGAAAUUUUCAUGUACAAUUUAGACGAAGCUAAUGCGACGCCAGCCAAUCGUCCUCGUUGGUUCAGAUUGUUCUCAUUCGCACAAUUUUUUGGCCUUCAAAAUCUGUCACCGGCUUCUUUACACACAUUAGCCGAAAGACUAGCAAGAACUCGGUCACUGUUACAUCAAUACUGGAGAUUCCAGGUUAGGGAAUCAAGACCACGAGUUCAGGCAGGCUGUAAUGAUGAUUGCUUAAGAAGUCGAUUGUGCGCAAUGGUAAUGAACGAGUUUGGCGAUAACAGACGUUGCAACCAUUUAACGGCAUUGUUUAACGCCAACUAGUGCAAUCGUUUACAAUAAAGAUCGUAUUAGCCGAUUAA